AGGUGACCAGCCGUUGCGAUACUCCGUACUCCAACGUCUAAGCCAACGGGACCCUCCGGAGUCCGAUGACCGGCGGGUCAGAAGAAAGCGUGCGCUUCUCUGACUUCGACCGCCAGAGCUAGCUCUCCUCACGCGAAUUCGGCUCCAAAACAUCGCAGGAGACUAUCUCACUUAUCAUUCUCACAGCGGGCUCCUCUCUGUUCAAGUAUUCAUUCUCCAGGCUCAAGUAAUGGACGCUGCCGUGGACAUGGGCGAUGCUUCCAAGGCGCUCGAGCUAUCGAGGAUCCGAUUUCAACUCAUUCGUCUGGAGGAUACCAUCACAUUCCACCUCAUUGAGCGCGUGCAGUUCGCGUUGAACCAGACUAUCUACACGCCGGGUGCUCUCAGCAUCCCGAACAGCGAACUGAGCCUUCUGGAUUGGUACCUUCUCGAGCAGGAGAAGCUUCAGUCCUUGAUCCGCCGUUUUGAGUCACCCGACGAGUACCCUUUCUUCCCGGAUGCCGUUCAGAAGCCCAUUCUCAAGCCUCUCAAUUAUCCCAAAAUCCUGUACACCAACAGCGUCAACGUCAACGACAAAAUCAAGAGCUUCUACAUUGAGAAGUUCCUCCCAGCUGUCACGCCAGACUUUGGCCGGGAGGACCGGGGCGAGGCGGAGGAGAACUAUGGCUCGACUGCCACCUGCGACAUUGCUUGUCUACAAGCUCUGUCCCGCAGGAUUCAUUUCGGAAAAUUUGUGGCCGAGUCCAAGUUCCGCUCAGAUGAAGAAAAGUACACACGCCUGAUCAAGGCCGAGGACCGCGAAGCGAUUGGGGAGGCAAUCACGAAUACAGCUGUGGAGAAGACAGUGCUUGAGCGCCUGCGACUCAAGGCCCAGACCUACGGAACGGACCCGGGCAACCCCCAAGGCUCGAAGGGUGUAUCCAAAAUCAACGUGGACGCAGUGGUGUCAAUGUACAAGGACUUUGUCAUCCCAUUGACGAAGGAAGUGGAGGUGGAAUACUUGAUGCAAAGACUUAUCCCGGAAGCCUAAGGGCACGUUGCAUUACUAUCACGAUGGCGGACUUAGAUACUUCUUGACAGCUUCAACCG